AUGACACCUCUCAACUUGGCCAACAGAACCUCCUUCUUCCACGACAACGUGGUCAUAAUGGAGAUUGAUAAUCUUCUUGCCGGAUGGCCGACUUACACAAUCAACUUCACACCCGAGCAUCCAGGACCAUUGCUCAUUUUACGCUUGAAGGAUGCGUCAAAUUUUCGCUCAACUGAAGAUGAUGAUAGCGCAGAUGAGGCAGAGGGAACAGGGAAUGUCAACGCACCACCAGUCAUCAAGGAAGAUCCAGAUGUUACCAUGGUCUGUGAGGCCACCUCCAAGGAUGUACCUCAAUCCUCUCCAGAGCCCAUGAAACUUGGAAAACGCAAGAAUAAGUGGUCAGAGUCACCAGAACCAUCAAGGCCUAGCAAACGCAAGCAUAAGAAUUCCUCCGGUGACACCAGCACCAACGACCUCAUCAGUUCCAUAUCAUCAGGCUCUCGCAAGCACACAACAAGGAAACACGAAGAUUCGAAAAUGGAUGACACUGAGCUGUACCGAAAUGCGGGAAGGAAGACUUCGAGCCUUCUGGAUACGUUUGGCAUACCUUCCGCAGCCUUCAGGACUGGUCUUCAAUUUGACCAAGGGGACCUGAAGAUGUCACCAAUCAGCAUUUGUUACUUUACAAUGGCGUCAUCGACUAUAUUCCUGGUCUCGAGAGCGAGCUCGACCACAUAUCAAGCAAAAAAACUCAACAUGAUCAUUGCAAUGGUAUUGAAGGGUAUGAGCGACGGCAGGUCGGCCGAUUUGAGCUCCAUCAAGCACAAGGGCCUGCAAUACAUUGGGCUGAAUAUGUAUAAAAUCGAGGAUAAGUCGAUGCGUGGGCUCAAUCACCCACAGUUGGCCCAUUUACUUUGCCCUCGGAAGAAGUUGUUUUAUAAACAUCUUUUUAUUGGACCAUCAUCUGUCAUGAAUGACUUGUCAAAUGUUCACAACUCUGCGAAGCCAUCCAAAAAUUGUGCAUGGGGACUGACAGCUGUUAACAAAUACAUCAUCGCAUAUGUUCACAUUAUCACAUACUUUAUGAUCAGCAGCGCUCAGCACUGGACACAGUGUAUUGGCGACAUGGACUUGGAUGAGCUCCUCUGGGCCAUCAUUGAAAUGCUAGACAACGACAACAAUCCAUGGGUCAAAGACACCCUCGCGUGGUGGAACAGCGAUGACGACAUCGCACAAAUUCGUGCUCAGCAAGCCACAUGCCGUUCUGCAUUAGCUCAAUCAAAUGGCAACCCUAAUGAGCUUCUUUAUGACAAUGACGACGAUGAGGUUGCACCACUACCAACUCACCCUCGACAGGGUGGACAACAGCGCCCACUACCUAAGAAGUCCUUGCCCCAGCACCAUCAUGGUGUAUUUUUUUCGGAUGACGAAGAAGACAAACUGGUACCAGCUCAAAACCCAACCCACCGCUCAGAAUCUGAUGCUCGUGAACGGCGCCAGUCCAAUCCCCACAUCCCAUUGCCACCAAAGUUCAAGCCUCGGUAUUCCACUGAGGCUGCUGGCCACAAUACAGCUCGUGCUUCGAUCCGAGCAGGCCCUGCAGAUUCUGAUGGAGAGGAACCAAGACCUCGGUCAAGCGAGCAACACCAUCCUGCAAGUGCCUCUGUUCACCAUGAUGAUGAGGACCAGCCUCCACGUCCAAAGCCGAAACCGAAACCGAAGCCGAAACCUCAUCGUACUACUCGCAAUGAGCAUGAGGAUUCAGUAGGAGUCCCGGCCAGCGACCACACCAGUACCUCCACGCACCUCAUCCCCACUGUCAGAUCUGACUGA